CUGAAUAUUGGAUUCCAUCACGAGUUGCCCAAGGCCUGCUACGGUGGACGGCAUACGGUAGCCAUGUUGACUGGAGAUGGUCUUGGACCGGAGUUUAUGGGUUAUGUGAAAGAAGUAUAUCAACUCAUUGGUGCCCCGAUCGAUUUUGAAGAGAUACAUGUGGAUCAAGAUUGUGAUGAGACCACUUUCCGAGAUGCUUUGCUGGCCAUGAAACGCAACGGUAUCGGUAUCAAAGGAAAUUUCGCCACAGAGCCAGAAGCGGUUUUGUAUGGAAUCUAUGACUGCUUUGCCCCAUACAAACUGUCAGCUACUUCGUGUCACUUUUUCCCCCAGCUGGAACAUGAGAAUGUACCUGGCGUGGUGGAGUCUUUGAAGGUAAUCACCCGGGAAAAAUCGGAAAGAAUUGCUCAUUUCGCUUUCGAUUAUGCGAUCCGUCAUAAUCGGAAGAAGGUGACUGCUGUCCACAAGGCGAACAUUAUGAAAUUGGGUGAUGGCCUGUUUCUCGACUCCUGCAGCAAUGUGGCUAAACUAUAUCCACAGAUUGAAUUUAACGCAAUGAUCAUCGACAAUACGUGCAUGCAACUGGUCAGCAAACCGCAACAAUUUGACGUCAUUGUUUUGCCGAAUCUGUACGGGAAUAUUGUGGGCAAUAUUGCCGCCGGUCUGGUCGGUGGUGCGGGUUUGUCCAGUGGCGUGAAUCUGGGCCGGGACAAUGCACUGUUCGAGAUGGGCACGCGAAACUCGGGACGAUCGCUGACGGGGAAAGAUAUCGCCAAUCCGUGUGCUAUGCUGCUCACGAGCGCGGACAUGCUUGAGUAUCUGGGUAAAAAAAUAGAACGAACAAAGUUUCAGGAACGAAGUUUUCUCUCUGUACGUUCUGUGUCCCGCAUACGUUCCGUUUGA